AUGCAAAAGCCGUCGGGCGCGCCGUGUGACAAGGUAGACGUCACCGAGGAAGCCCCUUCAACUGCGUACACGAGGGCAUUGGAAGCGCGGGUGGCUUUCUUGGAGAGCAAACUGGCCCAGAUACCCACUCCGGGAGCGGCCUCAACCCCCUCGAAGGACGUCGCGAGCAACCAGUCAGUCUCGUCAGGCAGGGACAAGAAUGCUCUCAGCGACGCCGUUGCGCACGUCUCGCUGGGAAACCUGGAGGCGCCUGUUUACGUCGGCCCUUCGUCGGGGUUGUCCCUGGCCCUGAACCUUGGCGAGAUGGUGCAGGCCACGGUCUGGAACAAGAUGCUGCCGGACAUUCAGGAUGGCAUUGUCAGCAACCAAGCCGACUGCAUCAACCCGGGUCCCAAGUGCCUUGCGGUGGAAGACAUGCUGGCUCAUAGCAUAGUAAAGGAGCCGCCGACCGAAGAGCAAGGGGCCAAGAUGUUGAAGGCGUACACAUCCCAGUUACACUCCAAGUACCCAUUCUUGGAGCCCGAGGAGUUGUGGAAGCUGCACAAGGAACGAGACGCAUUGGCCGCCACGCCGACGCAGAGCCUGACCAAGGCCGAGCGGUUUGGGAUAUUCAAGCUGUAUCUCGUCUACGCAAUAGGUGCAACGAUAGUUCAGCUCACGCAGCGCGGUCCGGGUCUCUCGCCAGAGCACAUAUCCGCCGCCAGAGAAUCGGGGACCGUUCAGAACAUCGAGGCAAUGACGCUGCUGGUCAUGUUCCACCUCCGGUCCACGUCGAGCCACGGACUGUGGUACAUGAUCGGCCUGGCGAUGAGGACGUCCAUCGACCUGGGCCUCCACCGCGCCGCACACGAGCAAAACGUUUCAGAGCCCCCCGUCGUGCAACGGAGACGCAGGCUGUUCUGGUCCGUCUACUCCCUGGAGAGGACGAUCGCGGUAUCGCUGGGGCGGCCCCUGAGCAUCGCCGACAACCAGAUCGACGUCGAGCUCCCGCACGCCAUCAUCGGCGAUGGUAACAUACAACCUGCCGGCGCUCUCGCCGGGAACGACAUCACCCUCGCCAUAGUCCUCUUCAGGCUUCGCCGCAUCGAAUCCAGGAUCCACCACUCCGUCUACCGCACAGACAAGACCCUGGACGCCCUGCGGCCGAAGCUCGACCGGCUGUACCAGCUCCUCCAGUCGUGGCGGGGGUCCCUGACGGACUGGAUCCCGGCAUCCCAUCCGGACACGAACUACGCCCUUCUUCUCUACAACCGCGCCCUGCGACUCCUCGUCCAACCCUUCCUACCGAUCCUGCCGGCCUCAGACCCCUUCUACGGGCUCUGCAUGCGCGCGGCGGGCGACAUCUGCCAGUCGCACAAGAGGCUCCACCAGACGCUCGACUACGGCCACAGCUUCAUCGCCGUCCAGACGGUCUUCGUGGCCGGCGUCACGCUGCUGUACGGCCUCUGGACGCAGGGCGACGCCGUCUGGUCCGUGGCCCUGUCCAACGACAUCCGGGCGUGCUCUCUCGUGCUCUUCGUCAUGGGCGAGAGGGCCCCCUGGGUCCGCAAGUACCGGGACGCGUUCGAGGUCCUCGUCAACGCCGCCCUGGAGAAGCUCCAAGACAAAGAGUGCGGCCUCGCGGAAAUGGCGUCGGCUCGCAUGCGGGCCGAGAAGGCGACGGGCUCCUCUGGGAGCGGUGGGCAGGAUGCCGAUCGAGGGAGUGCGGGGGUUAAUACAGCACAGGCGGUCGAUGACUUUAACGAUUUCCUGCCAUCGGGGGACGGCGGCGUCUUCGCUGGCGGCGAGUUUGAGGGCGCUUGGCCGAUGGUGGCCGAGCUUGCGAAUUGGAUAGACCAAGACGGCGGGAGCCCGGUCUGGAUGCCCAACUUUGAGCUUCUGCAGAGUCUUUCGGGUACUUGGCAUGACUGA